AUGGAUAAGGAUCCUAUUAUAAGUGCAGGUGUAUUACCGUCAGGCUUACCUUACAUCUUAAGAAAAGUAACAGUUAAAAAAUGUCUGAAAACAAGACCCUUGAAGCUGGUCAAAUGGUCAGCAAGUCAAAGCUCUUACAGAUUGCGCAAACGAAGCCGGACAGUUGGCACUCGACUCCAAACCUGCCAACUGAAUAAUGUGCCCUUUUUUGUGCGCGAGGUGAUUAAAAAG